GUGGAGGGCCGCCCUCCGAGGGCGAGGCUGACCGAGCUCGCGAGGUCAACUCUCCCAUGCUCACUCCACCUCUUCAUUCGUCACCCUCCGUUUGCAUUUCUCCAAAUAAAUUUCAGCAUUUCAAUUGUGAUUCACAUUACCCAACCACUCACCAAUAAUUCAAAGUUUUUUAGCGCUGUAAUUUUCUCUCAUUAUUAUUGUCUAAUUGUAAAAAUAAAUAUGGCUACAAUUAUUAAAGUGUGUGAAUCGUUAUUAGAGUUAGCAAAAUUAAAAUACCCUGUUCCUGAUACAUCUUUAGUAGAAGAUAAUUUUAACUUGGAUCAGUUAGCUAGUGAAGCACUUGUGUUAAUUGAAAAUUUAUUGAAUCCUGACAGCAGUGAACGUGAAACAGUUAUUUCAUUAGAUAUUGAUUGUGACGAUGAAAUUGAUAUUUAUGAAAAUGAAGACGUUCCUGCAAGUGAAAACGACGCUAAUUCACGUGAAUCAGGUCUCGCAUCAUCCCAAGAAUGGCAGGUCGAAAAAAUCGGGCAAGAAGAAUACAAUCUUGAAGAAAUGAUAAAGAUCGUGAAUUUUUAUAACAAUGUUAAAACCAACAAAUUGUUUCAAACCCAGCGACGUUUCCCAAAAGUUAGAAGUUAUGCGUCAAUCUCUCGGAUGAAAACGUAUGUUGAUCAGAAUGGUAAAAAGCUGGAGAAAUUAAGUAAAGUGGAAACUUUUGUCAAGGAGAGAUUUAAUCAUGCUAGACAAUCUUUAAUUCAUGUUAGUGAAGUUGAUUUAAAGCGUUGGGGAAUCAUCAAAUCCAAAGAUUUAUCUUUACAAUUUAAGGCUAGCUCAACAUGGAUUCACAACUUUAAGAAAAAAAAUCGAAUUGUUUCACGCAAAAUAACGAAAUAUUUAACAAAAGCUGAAUAUGACAAUAAAAGUAAUGUCGAAGAAGCAGCCUACACGUUUGUGGAAAAUGUCAACAAAAAACUUAUAGGUGUUCAACCAGACCUUGUACUCAAUUUUGACCAAUCUGGAUUUACAUAUGAAUAUUCACCGAAGCGGACUUUAUCAAUUAAAGGAGAGAAGGACACUCUUGGAUUGGUUGUUUUGCACAAUGCUAACACACAUUCGUACACUGUGAUGCCAUUAUUAUCCAUGAGUGGAAAAUUUAUCGGAAAAUUAUUAAUUUGCCUCCAGGAACCACAAGGAUAUUUGGGUCCAAUAGUCAAGAAAAAUCUCGAGGUUCCAUCCAACAUUUAUUUGGUCGCCUCCAAGUCAGGAAAGUUGGACAAAACUAUUAUGAAGAAAUGGAUUACUGAUUGCGUUGCUCCAUACAUCAGUGAAAAUAAAGCCAUCCUAAUUUACGAUUCUUGGGCAGGACAAGUUGACGAUUUGACCUACGAAUCACUUUCAGAACAAUGCAACAUCCAUCAUUCAACCAUUGGAUAAAUAUAUUUUCAGACAAUACAAAAUAUUUCGUCGAAAGAUAUUUGAAAAAGUAGUCCUAGAUUCCAUUGAUAUCGAUUUACAUAAAAGACAAAACGUAAUUAAAAUGCAGUGCUUAAUGUACAACCAGUUCCAGUCAGCUGCUUUUGAGCCGAUGUUCAAAUACGCAUGGUUUGCAUGCAACUAUAAGAGUGACCGAGUGAAGUUUAAAAAUGUGGCAGAAACAUUAUUUUCGACUAGUUUUGAUGACUGUGAGGAGGAAAUGUGCAAUAGAGAGACUUUUAUCAAAUGUGCUCACUGCUCUGUUAAUAUGUGUUUUCAUCACUUUUACAUCGAUAAUCACUUUCAUUCGGAUGAUUCAGAUUUGGAUGAACUCGCUUCGCUUAAUUCAAGUCAAUAAAUAAUGUUCAUCAGUAUCAAUAAAGAGUAUCAGGCCGUCUACCCCAUAUCUGAUGUGACAUCAACCCUAAAAUUAAGGGGUGUCCUUGACACUCGAAACCUUUCAGUAACCGACCUUCAUCCCGUUUUCCAAAACGAUUCUAAUAUCUAUCUCCGUGUUUGGGACGCGUUAGACUUAAUUCCUGCUAUAAAUGACGCAUCUACAUACUAAGGGACUCAUCAUCAGUACAAACGUGGCUGUCACUGCUGCUCAAACUUUUUCAGAGAAUACAACCUGCCCUGAGGAAAUUGAUGACAAGUUGUUCCACUGCAUUACAAACCUAAAUUGUCCUAAGGGCACUAUACUACUGAAAGGACACGGAGUGCCUACCGGUAAUUGUGUGGAAAGUGAUAUAGACGCGGCAAUAAAGACGUGUGAAAUAGAAGGAUGGUGCCCUGUGGCACGAAAUACUCGCCCUCUAAAGUCCGGAAAAGCCCUCUUGUCCGAGGCCCACAUUCUAACGAUUUUUUUAAAGUCUACGGUCAGAAUAGACGCGCUUGACGUUUCACUCAAUAAUAUUAAACAAAUUCAAAACAUGAAGAACGGACCAGACAUAGAAUCAUGUAUUUUUGACCCAGACUCACCAAUGGACCAACAUUGUCCCAGAUUUCGGCUUGGUGACAUUAUAAAAUAUGCUAUUCAAGAGGGCAAUAAAACUGGAGAUGAUCUCGAUUUCGACCAAGUGGCCCUAGAUGGCGGGGUUUUCAUGCUUAAAGUAGCAUACGACUGCGACAUGGAUUGCUAUUGGAAGAUUGCCUGCCCAAGUAUAGCUUCAAACAGGUUGGUGUCCACCAGACGUAUGACGGAAGUAUUGAGCAAACCUCGCAGGGAUAUUCAUCUGUAAACUACUACGCGUACAAUUUAAGAGCCGUAGUUAUGUAUGACGGGAUAAGAAUAGCCGUGAAUAUUGAAGGAAAAGCGAGAAAUUUCACAUGGACAGCAUUGUACAGCGAAAUGGGAGUUUUCUUUAGUUGGCUUUCCGCAGUGUUUAGCACAGUGGCGCUUCUUACGGGUUGUUUCUUGCUGCCAUACCUGAAAAAUAAAAAUGUACCCACUUCAUCAAAUUGUAACUGUUCGUGUCAUGCUGGUAAUGUGGAACCGGAUCCAAGCAAUGCUUCAGAAGAUGUGGAACCACUUGUCCCUUGACAGAAUGGACGCACGUGUGGCGCAAGAAGAUGUAACGAUUGAAUUAAAUAUUUAUUUUGUAUAAAUUCAUAUGUACAUAUGAUGAUAUCCAAAUUUACGCUAUUUUAGGCUGUUGUAAGUAAAGAAUCUAAGUAGGAGUAUCUGCAUAAAAUUGUUUAUUUCUUGUAAUUUCAAUACGUUGUAUCUUUAAAGUGACAAAAAACAAAAAUAAUACUGGAAAAG